AUGGACGUCGUCCGAGCCCGCCCCUUGCUCUCCUUCUUCCUCGCCUUCUUCUUCUUCUUUGUCUUCUUCGUCCUGGUUGCUGCGACGCCGGCGUACGCCCACAUCGCUGACUGGGACGACUCGUGGAAAGCCCGCGCCGAUGAGGCCCGAGCGGCAGCUCUCGCCGCCUACAACCCCGACCCAGAGGCCGUCGCCGCCCACGCCAACGAGAAGGUCCACGAGUACGUCUCUCUCUCUCUCUCUCUCUCUCUCUCUCUCUCUCUCUCUAGCUUGUAGCUAGCUCAGUGGGUCUACAACUGUUAUUGGCGAUGAAGGUUGCUGGUGGGGAACAGCACGAGGAGGGAGCUGCGGAGGUACACUGGGAAGUGCCUGGCGACGAACCCCAUCGACCGGUGCUGGCGGUGCAGGGACGACUGGGCAACAAGGAGGAAGCAGCUGGCCAAGUGCGCGCUAGGGUUCGGGAGGAACGCGAAGGGGGGCCUGGCGGGGAGAUACUACGUCGUCACCGACCCCUCCGAUAACGACCUAGUCAACCCCAGACCGGGCACUCUCCGCCACGCCGCCAUUCAGCCGGAGCCACUGUGGAUCGUCUUCGCCAGGGACAUGAUCAUCCACCUGAGCGAGGAGCUGCUGGUGACCAGCUACAAGACCAUCGACGGCAGAGGCGCCAACGUGCACAUCGCCUACGGCGCGGGAAUCACGCUGCAGUUCGUGCAGCACGUUAUCAUCCACGGCCUGCACAUCCACGACAUUAAGGCCGGCGGCGGCGGCAUGAUACGGGACUCCCUCGCGCACUACGGCCUCCGCGCCCGCAGCGACGGCGACGGCAUCUCCAUCUUUGGCGCCUCCAACAUCUGGAUCGAUCACGUCUCCAUGUCCAACUGCAUGGACGGCCUCAUCGACGUCGUCCAGGGCUCCACCGCCAUCACCAUCUCCAACAAUCACUUCACCCACCAUGACCACGUACAUACUGAAGCUCCCCCCUUUCUUCUCCUUUCUUCUCCAUGAAGCUCAUCGCCGUCGCUGGUCGCUGCAUGUCAGGUGAUGCUCUUUGGGGCAAGCGACAUGUACCCGGACGACGCGAUCAUGCAGAUCACCGUGGCCUUCAACCACUUUGGUAGGGGCCUGGUACAGAGGAUGCCGAGGUAAAGCCUAAAAGCUCAAGAACCCUAGAUCUCGAACCCUGGACCAGAAAAUGACUUUGUGGGUCUUGCUCUCCAACGCAGGUGCCGGUGGGGGUUCUUCCAUGUGCUGAACAACGACUACACCCACUGGCUGAUGUACGCCAUCGGGGGGAGCCAGCGGUCAACGAUCAUCAGCCAGGGGAACCGGUACAUCGCGCCGCCGGAUGAGAGGGCGAAGGAGGUGACCCACCGGGUGGACAGCUGGGACUCGGCGUGGAAGACGUGGAAAUGGAGGUCGGAGGGUGACCUGAUGAUGAAUGGCGCUUUCUUCGUCCAGUCGGGUCAACCCGGGCGCCCCUCCAAGUAUUCCAACAAGGACAUGAUCAAGGCCAAGCCAGGGACCUUCGUGACUCGACUCACCCGCUUCGCGGGGGCCCUUGCCUGCCGAGUCAACCGGGGCUGUUGA